UGUUUAUUUUUUUAUUUUCUAUAUUCCUUCUUUACAAUUCCAUCUCAUAACUUCUCUUUAAAAUGACUUCGACACCACAGGAUCAGCGGUCAGCAGAUAGUUCAGUAUCAGCCUUCAGUUCGGCUAUCGUGUUCAACGUCGUUACCACGGCAGCUUCUUUUGCUGCAUUUGCUAUAUUGCGUCCUCGCCAACCAAGGUUUUACGCGCCGAAAACGUUUUUUACUGAUGAAGCGUAUAGAGCAGAAUCUUUGCCACCGGGCCUGGUUUCCUGGCUCAAGCCUCUAUUCCAGUUGAGUGACGAAGAAUUAAGGAGGCAAUGUGGGCUGGAUCAUUACCUGUUUGUACGGUUUAUCCGGAUGUGCCUAUACCUUUUUCUCGCCUUUGGGUUCUUAUCGCUGGUCAUAAUUUGUCCCUUAAAUGCGUUGGAUCAGCGGUCACUACCUGGUCUCAAUGUGUUGACCUUUGGUAAUAUUUUGGAUACCGGUCGGCUCUGGGGUCAUCUAGUUUUGACAGUUUUAUAUUCCGUCAUUGUUCUAUAUGUGCUGCGUAGAGAAGCACUGGAAUUUUUGGAUCUCAGAAUGGAGUAUCUGCAAGAACAUGCAAAAAACACACACGCCAGGACUAUACUAGUUCGGGAUAUCCCACAACAUAUGCGCUCCGAAAAGCUUUUAUCGGAAUGGUAUAGUAUAUAUCCGGGUGGCGUAGAGAAGGUCUCUCUGACCAGGCAACCAAGUACCCUACCGAAACUGAUAGCAUAUCGUAACAAGAUAUUGAGACGCUUGGAAAGAUUAGAAUGUAAUUACCUAUACACUAUCGAUACAGAUAGAGUCACCAUUCAGCAAAUAAUCAAGCAACGGUCAUUCAAGGAGCCUCAAGAUGUUGAGAGUAACCUCGCUCCAGAGAUGUCCCAGGAAAGCCCGGAAAAGGAGCACACCCUAGCACUGUCGCCUGCUUCCACGUUUCAUGAUGAACUCACUAAACGACCUUCAUUCAUUUCACAUGCAACAAUUCCGUUGGAGUCAGAGGUUCUGUCGAGUGGCAUAGACUAUCCUCCGUCUCUGGCCAAAAACGUAAAGCGUCCGACUAUGGUAUCUAUUGGUAGCUGGAAUCCAUUGCACCGAGUAGAUGCUAUCAAUACUUUGAGAGAAUUGUAUGUGGACCUCAAUCACGAUAUAGAAGCCAUACAGCAAAGCGUUUUAUCUGAAGAUCCAGCAGGCUCCUCGGCGUUCAUCACCUUUAAUACUCAAGCAGGUGCACAAAUAGCGGUGCAAACAUUAACCGCUCACACGCCUAUGAGACUGCAAGAGCGAACAGGCAAUGUCGCUAGCAAUGACGUUGUAUGGAAGAGCUUAGAAAUUAAUGUUAAAGAGCGGAUGGUAAGAUCCUUGGCUGGAAAUGCAUUUUCUGUAGCCUUGAAUAUAUUCUGGUGUAUCAUCGUGGCUUUCAUUACCAGUAUUGCAACCUUGAGUAAUUUGGAAAAAUUACUGCCCUUCCUUAGCCCUGUAAUCAAUCUGAGCUCUACUAUCCAUGGCAUUAUUGAAGGUCUAAUUCCCUCUGUAGCUAUCUCCACUUUGAUGAGUUUGUUGCCAGUCAUAUUGAGCUACCUGGCGAUGUUCGAAGGCAUUCCACUCAUGAGCGAAAUUGAACGAUACGUUCAGAGCAAAUAUUUUAUGUUCCUAAUGAUUAAUGUCCUAUUGGUGGUGACCAUCGCUGGUACGGUUUUUACCUCUAUUGCGCAGAUUAUUCAAUCGCCUACCAGCAUCAUCAAUUUGCUUGCGACGUCCCUUCCCACCGUAUCGACUUUCUUUGUCAAUUAUCUCAUUUUGCAGGCAUUCAUGGGAGCAGCUAUUGAGUUAGUACAGCUAUCCAACCUUGCCGUCCGAAUCCUUGCACUUCGUUACUUUACUAGGACCCCGCGAGCCAUUUUCACACGAUGCCACCCAAGAUCAUUGCGUUACGGAACAGCCUUUCCACAAUUGACACUAGUAUUUAGCAUAGGGAUGGUGUUCGCAACAAUCGCACCUAUGGUCAUCACGUUUGCCGUCCUGUAUUACGCUAUAUUUUAUUUUGUGUACUUGCACCAAAUUCACCAGUACUACGCCAUCAACCAUCAAACGGCCGGAUUAUUUUAUUGGAAAGCCAUGCAUCAUGUUUUCGUUGGGCUAAUUAUUCAACAACUCACGGUCGCUGGACUCUUCCUAUUACGAAGCUCUCUCGUUGCUGGUUUCAUUUGCCUGUUUAUCUUGCUUAUCACGUUGUUUAUCAAAUGGCAUAUACAACAAGCUUACGACCCUCUGGUCUACAACUUGCCCAUGAGCAAAAUAGGCGUCAAUGUCAAGUCGGCUUAUACCAGGUGCGAGUUCCUUGAUGCCCACGAUACAGAGGCGGCAAUGGGACGGGUGAAGAGGUCCGAAGGUCCGGCACAACACUCGUACCUACAUCCAAGCUUGAUCGCACCAACACCAAAAGUCUGGUUACCAGAGACUAAAUCUGCUCACGCUGAAGCUGCUGAACUGCAAAGAAUGGGUAUUGAUGCCGUUGUAGAUCGCCAUGUCGAAGCGCAUGAGGCUGCUCGUGGAACAACACUGAAGCAUCAAACCACAGACGCAUCGGUUGGAUUCCCUGAAACCUUUGGAGCUGGAAGUGGAUUCCUUGUGAACUUGAUGCAAAGUCAGUAGGAUAUGAGAAAUCUAAUCAGGUCAGAGCAUCGCAUACAUAUCUUCAAUGGAUGGUUACUAGAAGUAUCGAUUCUUUUUUUUGGGGACUGUAAAUGUCGCUCUGAGGUCUUACUCGCAACAAAUUAUUCCAUAUUACGGGUUGUUAACCCUGAGAUCAUUCAUGUCCGGCAAUCGUUAUCUUUAUAUAAUAUAUAUCAGCAUUCAAGUUAAAAGAGUCCAUUGUAUGUGUUCCUUUUUUCUCUCGUUCAUCCUUACUCUGAAAUAAACCUCUGACAGCAGAAUAAGGAUGCGCAUGAUAUCUUCUAG